AUGACGAAAAAUACGCAAGAAAAUUGGGAACAAUCCUAUAAAAAGCUGAAAUAUUUGAGAAAAAGCGCUGACGCUGUCAUUGACAACACCCAGGUUUGUAUGAGAAAAGUUAUUCGAACAGAAAAAAAGUUCAGUUCAUCACCAAACUGUUCAUAGAGGACUUGGAAAAGUCGAUGGCCGUUCAGUUGGACGGAGUUUUUUGGUUGAAUCUCAAAACGACGAUUGACGCCACGGCCAGUUCGGAAUCUGCGGUGAUUUUUUGAAUUUUUAAAUGAAUAUUUGGGAAAAUAGAUCAAAAAAGAAACCAAAUAAGGUUAUAAAGAUAAAAAUGUUUAAAAAUACUGAAAAUAGCCGUUUUCGCUUACCAAGUUUGCUCCACCGCACAAAUUCUUUGAUUGGCUGGCCACGCCCCUUUUUUGAGUUCUAAAGGUGUAACGUAUCGAGUCGGAACUUUUAAAAAAAGAAAUCAAAAGGUCUGAUUUCUCUGCCUUUCUCUUUUCUAAGCCAUACUCUCAUUUUUCCUGCGAUUUUCAAGUUGCUUAACAACCCCAGAGUGGUCCCUCUAGGGAUCACAUUAUCAACCCCUAUAGGAGCCAAUAAAGCUUGCAAGAGUGACCCCUAUAGGGUAUAUAUACAUCCUAGUCGAUUAUCGUUCAUUUUCAAAGCCGAAAAAAGAGGAAGGCCCCUAUAGGGACCACUCGAGCUCUAGGUCCUGAGGAGUCUGGCCCCAAGAGAACAUUGAUGCCGGGGGGCCAUCAGUGCUACUCGUUCAGUACUACCUUGUCAGUACCGAAAAUUAUUUUUGCAGAUUUUUUAGAAAUUUUUUCCAGAGUCAGUAGGAACAUUUAUUGAUGAAAGUAAUAACCUUUACAAGAAAAAAAAAACUAUCAAUACCACGCUAAGCUUUCAAGAAAAAAAUUUGAAAAUCAAAAUAAAGAAUGUUCAGUAUGGAUUUUGGUUUCCGGCAAAGAUUGGGUAGAUACUCGGGAAAACUAUUUUGGUUUCUGCAAAACACGUAUAAAAAUAUAUGGCUUCAAAGAAGCUGAACAGCUUCUGGAAGCGGGUCUAGAUAAGGAACACACUACUCCCAAGGACUACUCAAACUUUACCCAGGAAGGGACCGCUUUUUGGGCUUCUAUUGCGGUUGUUUUUCUCCCUAAUCCAUAUAGGGUACACUCUGGAAUCAGUAGUAAGCCUUUCCUGAAAAGAGAGAGGAGAGCGCAGACAGGUCAGACUUUUUCGAUUCGAGGCGAAUGAGCUUCUCUGAGACAUACGCGUUCCAAAAGAUUCUCAGCCAUUUAGUGAUUACUAGAGUGACUCAGGAUUGUCCGGUUCUGAGUAGUUGCUUUAGUGGAAGUUGCAAUUUUAAGCAAGAACUUUUUCAGGUCAGGGAAAAUGCCGUGAACCUCUGCGUUUGCAUGUUGUCCGACCUGUGUCUAGUGGUUCAACAGAACUUCAUUCUUCCUGAAGUUGAAUUUGAGCCGAUGCGACUUUCGUCCGUACUUCGGAAGAAAACUGCGAAAGCAGUGAGGAAACCCGCCGCCAUGGCCUUCUGCGCCUUCGUCGCUCUGAGAAUGGGCGACCUGAUGCGGUACAAGGUGAGAGCUGGCCUGAGGGGGGAGCGUUGCCUGGAAGAAAAAAACUGUUCAGGGUCAAGUUUAUUCAGUCUCUAGAGAAGAAACCUCUCUUUGAAAGUUCGUGAAGCGAAUUCUUGUUCAGAAUUUUUCCGCUGAAUACAAAAAAAUAUAAUUUUUUUCGUAAAUUUCGCAAAGCGAACAAAGUUAUAUUCAUUUUUAAAAAUCCAAAUUGACCAGGUCAAAAAGCUAUUUUCGACAGAUGAAAUAUUUUAAUUUUUUUCAAGUUUUUUUAAAAAGAUUUUCUUAUGCAAAUUUCUCUCCUGAAUCUAAAAAAAUUUGACUCCUAUCUUAUAUUUAAAAAAACUAACAUCAUAAUUAACUUUUUUUAAGUUUUAAGUUUGGCCAAGUCCACCUUUAAAAGCAUUGUUCUUUGUUAUUUUUUUGUGUUUUACAACCGUUUUUUUUGUAUCACUUUUCAAUGAGAGCCUCGAAAACCGUUUUAACAAAACAUAGACUCGAUCAAGACUGACGAUGACGUCGCCCGAUCGAUCAUAGCCCGUUGAAUUCAGAAUGAACUCGAAAUUGCCAAAAAUCUAUACACCGAAGCGAAUCGACACAAUCCUUUUGAUGGGGCCCCUCUUAACCAAUUGGGCGUCUUAUCGAGUUUGAGGUUUCUCAAAACAAAUAUUUAAAAAAAAAUCGAAAUUCCAGUGCAAAUUGGAUCGAAGCCUUGUAUUUCCAUUCCUUGGCCCUUCAUUCGAAAGUUCCUUUCGCUUCGGCUUCGGCUAACAUUUCGAAUAUUUUCAAGAGGUUUUCGAAUCGAGGUAUCUUUUGACUUGAUUUGUUUGGUUUGAAAAUUGUUCAGAUACAUCCAAGUCCAUGCCUUUCCAUGAGCUCUACCUAGCCACUUUGGCCAAGUGUCAUUUUGUGAGUUUUUCAACCAAAUUUGCAGGUUUUUUUUUUAACUUUUCAGCUUCUGGAAGUGGAGGACGAUGUUUUGAAAUCGAUUGGGGAAAAGCUGGAAACGCCACAACUUCUGUGUCCCUUGCUCGCUGUUUUCGCGAAUUUGAACGGUAUUUUCAUUUUUCUUAAUGAAUGCGAUGAGUAUAAUUAAUUUCAAUGAAUUUCCUUUCAAAAAAAGGAUUUAUCAUCUGAAAAUUGAUGUUUUUUCUUUCCCAUUUGACUCACACCAAUACCAUUUCUACAUGAGGACGAUCGAUUAAAAAAAUAAAAAAAUUUUUCAAAAUUAUGAAAAUUUCAGGGUAAAAGCCUAAAGUUGCAUUUUAGUCCCGACACUUCGAAUUUCAAUGGAGCGCUUAGUUUUGAAAAAAAUAAACAGGUUCAAAAAAGGAAGAAGUGGAUUAGAGGCUCUUCAAAACUUUGAAAAUGAAGUAUUUGUCAAGAUUUUCACUGAAAAAACAAACAAGAAACUUUAAAUUUUUCAAUUUCAACCUGAAGUUUUCAGACCAAAACUGUUCCAAAGACGAAAAAAGAUCUCUGCGCGCCAUUGAAACCAUCUGGCGAGCUGCUUUUGAGGUCACCGUCGAUUCUCUUGAGAAAAAGGUUCAUUUCGGGAAAAAUCGAAAUAGGCUCAAAAUGAUGUUAUUCACGUCUCAUUUCAAUAAACUUCCAAGUUCCGGUUUUUUCGAGUUAUUUUCUUUCAAAAAACACUGGUUUACUUUCUGUUCAAUGUCCACUAAUUAGCGUGGAGUACUAGCCGCUGUGAUGCGCCUUUAAUGAAGCCUGAUGGUUUUCGUCCCAGUUUAUGCGCCUUUAAUAAAGCCUAAGAUCGGUCUCUAUGCAUUUGCUUUCAAUAAAGCCUGAACUUUGCCUCAGAUUAUGCGCCUUUAAUAAAGCCUAAGAUUAGAGUAUGUGCAUGCGCCUUUAAUAAAGACGAAAAAAUUUGUCUCUGUGCCUGCGCCUUUAAUAAAAACCAAAGUAUAGUCUAACUUUUGUCCCUGUUUCUGCGCCUUUAAUAAAGACGAAAAAUGCAGCCUAAACUUUGUCUUUUUAAUAAUAAUAAUUUAUUGACAGAUCAGCGUGAACCCUAACGAGUUCACUUGGAUCUAGAAUUUGAGAGAAUACAUUAUACAGUUAUACAUCAUUUGAGUCGUGGAGGAAUAGACAAGAAGAUCUCGUGCAUUGGUAGAUUGACCAGUAAAUUUUUUAAAGACUUAGGGUGGUGGCUGAAUUGAAAUUUGGAAGUGAGUUUGUUCCAAGUAGGAAUUGUUUUAAAGAAAAAAAUCAUUAGAAAAACUGACCUUGGGAACGCAGUCGAAGUGGAUUUCGCCUUAAAUUGGACCUGAGGGCAAAAAAAGUUCGAACUGGGGAAAAAUGAUCGAUACCGAAGACAAUUUUAUGAAGGGUCAGAAUGUCAGAUAUAGCUCGUCUGAGGUAAAGUGGAGAGAUAUCAAAUUGUUCAAGGCGAUCAGAGUAAGAUUCAAAGGAUAAGUUGGACCUAAUAAAAAAAUUUUUACGAGAAAAAAAUUCUGAGAGGAGAUUCCAGUUUGUAGCAGAGAUCAGAAUUAAGGGGAGGGUUAAAAAAACUUCGGAGCAGUAUUCUAGAAUAGGCCUUACAUAGGUGUUAAAAAUUGUGAACAAUAGAUCAGGUGAUUUGGAACGAAAACAGUUGAGUAUCUGAUUGGAACGAAGAGUUGCUAAAGAAACGAUAUUGUUAAUGUGAGGAGCAAGAGUUAGUUUAUCAUCGAUAAGAACACCUAGAUCACGGAUAAUGGUUUUUCUGGGAAUAGACAGACCAUUGAUUAAAUAAGUUGUUUUGGGAUUGAGGGGACCAAGGUUGAUAGCAAAAGUUUUGUGCGCAGCAAGAGGCAAGCCCCAAAUGGAAGACCAUUCAAAUAUGGAAUUAAUACUACGUUGGAGAGAUUCAGGGUUAGAACUGUAAAUUUUUUUAUAUCAUCAGCGAACAGAGAGAUUGAGGUUUCAUGGUCAAUGUAGUUAACAAUAUCAUUGAUGAAAAUUAGAAAAAGCAAAGGACCAGAUACAGUUCCUUGAAGGACACCGGAAGUAUUGAGAUAAGUAAGAGAAGAACGAGAUCCAUCGAUCAGAACAUUAGAAACACGCUCAGAUAAGAAGUUUUUGUACCAUCGAACAACGUUUUCGUCAAGACCAAAGUUCUUCUUGUCUUUGUGCAUGCGCCUUUAAUAAAGCUAAAUUUCGUUCCUGUGUAUGCACCUUUAAAGUGGAUAAAAAUUAUAGCGAACAUUCGCAAUAUUGAUGGCGCAUGCACAGAGACGGGCCGCGCGUAUCGAGAAAACUUUUUGGUGGAACAAAAUCGCGACAAGCUGGCGCGAAAUGGACUAACUUCUGUACCUAAUUCUUUUUGUACCUAAUUCUUUCCUUAUCCUUUUUAUCCCCCCAUUUAUCUAUUACAGCGAAAAAACCCAUCACUAUCAAUUCAGAUAACCACAAGUCGGAUGGCUUGUCUCUCGCUCCUUCUGCGACAUCCUCCCUUCUGUCGACCUGCUCCGAAACUCCAAGAAACCCUGGAUCAGAUGCCCAGCAGCCGGUUCGCCGAUUCGUAUCGCCUCAAUCAGUUUUUGUAGGCCGUCCCAGGGUCAUUUCCAAUGAAAAUAUGGUCCAUUUUGCAGCUGUUUGCACCAGUUCAUGAUGAAAUACCCGCUGUCGAGUUCGCAAUUCGUCGAUUUGCUCAGUAGGUUGGGCCAGGAGGGGUACGACAGCUCUGAGAGGGAUCCUUCAGGUUAUUUCUUUCGGAAUUUUUGGAGAAAAUAGCUUUUUUUGUUGGAAACAUUGGGCUGUUUUUUAGUUUUUUUCUUUCCAAGUAGUGAUUGCAACACAGUAUAAAGUAGCUCCAAAUCUUGGGUUUUUUUCGUGUUAGGUUUUCACCUAUUUUUUUAAAAGAGAGGAAGAGAGAUUAUUAGUAUCUUUCUGUAGUUCAUUCCAUUAAUUUCAAUAAUAAAAGAAAGAAAAAAAUUAAGCUCUACAGUAACCUACCAUGUUCUACAGUUUACCAGACUGUCUGGAAAAAUGGACCAAGACUGAUUUUUUUCAAAUUUUGUCUAAAUAAUCCACUUUUAAUCAGAAGGUUUUUUUCACCCUUCAAAAAAAAAAUCAGGUUUUACAGUAACCUACCAUGUUCUACGGUUUAGUGGACUGUCUGGAAAAAUGGACCAAAAACAGUUUUUCGAAUUUUUGUCUAGGAGAUCCACUUUUAAUAUAAAUGCGUUUUCACGCUUUUUUUCAUUAAAAAAAUAAAAAGGCUCUACAGCAAUCUACCAUGUUCUAAGGUUUAUCCGACCAUCUGAAAAAAUUAACUAAAGCUGGUAUUUUUUUAAUUUUGUCUAUGGGAUCCCACGUUUUCUCGCUUUUUCUUGUCCCCAUAGUUUUUCCCUAAGUUUUGACAAAAAGAAGUUUUUCUCGCAUUUGACGCGUUCCACACCACUUCAACAAGUAAAUACACGGCUGAGGGGCUUUUGCCCAAUUUUUUCCCCUUCUGUUACUUUUUUUGCCAGCUUUCAGUGUUGAAUUACAUUAUUUACAAAUGGGAAUAAGUGCUCCGCUUUCCCCUCUCCUCGAAAACUUUCUUUUUAAUUGAAAAAGAAAAAAACUAUGGAAACGUGUCGUUCUGUGUUGAAUGUGGAACGUUUUUUUUGAAAUCCCCAAGCGCAUUUCGAGAUUGGAAGUCCCUUCAUUCAUCUUCUCUUCGACUUUUCGAGCUUUUUUGUCUCUCGGAGUUCUUAAAAACCUUUCUUUUGUCAACUUGAUUUAUUUAACACUGCAAAACCCUUGGAACCUUUUCUAACUAACAAGGAAGGUUAUUCUACUUAGGGAAUUUCCUGAAAAUCGGUCAGAAAACUCCUUGAUGUACCAGAUGAAGAUUCUGAAAGUCUCAACCUGCCCGACCUCCUAGUUUCCGAAAAAGAACACCUAGAAGUCAAAGAAAGCCCUCAAAACCCAUAAAAAUAGGCUUUUUUAGGUUCUUAAGUUCUCUUUUCGAAAACUAGGAAGUUGUGCAGGUUGAGGCUGUCAGAAUCUGUUUCUGGUACAUCAAGAAGCAUUCUGGCCGAUUUUACAGAAAAUUCCCAACUAUAAAAAAUUGACCUUCUUUGUAGUGAACUUUCUCAGCUCACAGUGGGACUUCUGAAUGAAACUAAGCUAUCUACAUGAAGUUUUUUACGCUGAUUCCGAAUCUGUCUUCAAAAGUUUCCCUCAAGGCUUGUGAAAAAAAGUUGUAGACUCUCAAAAGUCGAAAAGUUCGAUGCCUCUGAUUAAGCUUAUUUUCGGAGAGUAUAUCCUGUCCCUCUCGUCUCUUCUCCAUGAGAAUACUCGCUUAUUUGUUGCAAAAGUUGGAAAAAAUAAUUUUUGAGGUUCACCUUGUCUCACACGUGCCUUUAGAGAUCUCAAUUAGCUGAUUCUGGAAAAUUCUCCUAAUCAAAGAGAAAAAUAUAUUUAUUUCUUUCCUCUCGUGAUGACAAGAAUCAAUGAUCACUGAGCCUUUUUGGGUGAGAAUUAUUCAGAAAAAUUUCAACUCUUCCAAAAUUCUCCAUGGAGCGAAUUUACGUUGGAAUUUUGAGCUCCUCGAGCAAAAAAUUUCGAAUUUUCCAUAACUGAAUUGUCAAAGGUUUUAGGACCAUUUUUCCUAGAGAGACCAGAUCUUUGAAUUAAAUACUUCCAAAACUCUCUCAGCAGCUUUUCCCAACCAAAAGAUCUCUAUAUUCUCUGCCCUUUCAAAGUUCCACCUCAUGACGUUUUGACGGAUUACUGAAACACGCGUGGUUAUGAAUAGACCUGUGAACGGCACCGAGAUGACGUCACGUCCAGUCGCCAUGCUUCUUCUAUUUUUCCUUCUCCUCCUUCUUCUUCUUCUUUUUUUCACUUCUGCUCGGCCCAUGUUUGAGCUUCUUUUUUUUUCCGGUGAGCGUGAGCGAAAGUUCGCUCACACGCUCAUUGCCGCUGCUUUUGCCUCCCCUUUUCCUGCCUCUUUUGAGUGUUUGUCUCGCUGCCACCCGUGUGUGUGCACUUUUUCCCGUCGCUCUCCUUGUUUAUACCGCCUUUUCCGAUCCUUUUUCGCAUUAUUCAUCAGGUUAGGUUAAUUUCUGUCCUUUGCUGCUGGUUUUGGCGUAGUUUUCUAUGGAAUUGAGAGAUGGUUUGAACCCUUUUCUUUGCUUUUUGGUCUGUGAACAUUAUUCAUCAGGUUGGGUUAAUUGCUGUCCUUUACUGGUGGUGCAGAAAGUUCAAAAUAAUCACGUUUCGGUUCUUUGGACCAUAUUUUUUUUUGCUAUGACGUUUGUUUUGAAAUUCAUUCAAAACAUGCAUAACCACCUUUCCGUGUUGAAUUAGAGUUGGGACAGUUUCCUCCAAAAUUAAACACCUAUUAGUACUUCGGCACGUAUUUUUAGUUACGUCUGUUCAAAUCACUAUAGAAGAUUCUAGAAAUGUUACCAAAAACAACAGAAAAUGUUGCUUUUUUCCGCGAGACCUUUAUGAAUUUUGAAUAUGCUCUUUUAUACCGCUUUUUCUGGACUUUUGUCAUUUUUCAUUUGUUCGGCUUACUUUUUGCUAUAAUUGCGGAAUAUUGAAAAAAGGAAUGAUGGUUUGAACCCUCUUCCUUGUCAUAUGACCCCCAAAAAAAGUUUUUCUUGAAAUUUUGAAAAAAUGGUUCUGACAAUAACUCUUCGAGACCUUUAUAAAACUUGUCUUUUUUUCUUUUUUUGGAACAAUGAGUCGUUUUUUUCUGAUUUUUCAUUGAUUAUACAGCAUAACAUUUUGAAAAUCUUGCAGUUAUAAUGCCGAUCAAACAGUGAAGAUCAAAUUUUGACCCACUUUUAAUUGUUUUCCAACCCGCAAUAUCAUUUAUAGGGCAAUAACAACUUUCAACCCUUCAUUAUAAAUAACCCUCUUUCAAAAAUCGAUUCAGUUAUUUUUGUCGUUCGUAUAUUUUUUCUUGAUUUCAGAUUUUAUUAAUUAAAACAGGAACUUAUUUUCUAGCAUGAUUUCUAAACAGGUUUUUAUCUAUAGGUUAAACACAUCCAAAUCAACUUCCAAUAAAUUCCUCCCAGGCCUUUUUCUCGACUCGAAAACAUUUGGGAGAAAGGAAAGCCUUAUUUGAGAAGCCGAGCGGAAAAUUCCCUUUGUUUUUUGCUCCUCGCGCUGAAAGUCUUAAUGAGGAGCAAAGUUUGGCUCAUUUAGUAGGGUUAGCAAGCGUCUUGUUGGUCCCUCGAGUGAUCCCUUGAAAUCUUUUUUUUUUCGAAAGGCUUGAAAUUCCCAUCAUCCAAAACUUAUUACAUCAGCCAACUUAUUAUUCAAAAAGUUCCUGGGAACUUUUCUUCUCCGAGAAAUACAAUACCUUUUUUUUCGCCGCUCACGCUUUUCUAUUUUUCCGGCCAACGACACAACAAAAAAAAAUGAGAGAGAAAAAGAGAACACGUGGUUUUGGGUCGAGAUAUGCAUACCUGCGAACGUGCUCCGCGAGCAUUUUCUUAUUUACAUGCGUUUCAUUUUGUACUUUUUAGCAGAUUUGAAAGAUACAGCCAGCUUGUCACGUUUUUCUUACCGCCGAAAGUACCCUAUACCAAAAUUAAGCAUCUUCGCUUCAAGACCUUUGUUUUUUGCUGUCUUUUGACCAGUUUUGUAGAGCAAAAGGUUGUUUGAAAAAACAUUUCUGUUAUUUUAAAACGUGACUAUUUCGCGUGUAACGCACUAUACUCAUUAAGCUUUUGAGAGCCUUCCAAGUAUUGAAAGUUCAUAGUUGUAGAACAAAAGUCAUUCGCGAAGAUCUGCGAAAGUCUGGUUUGUCUGUGCCCUCUUAUCUCUCACCGGUGAGGUCAUAGAAAUAUUUACGAAAAGACGCUGAGAGAUAAGAGGCAACAGAGAAACCAGAUUUUCUCUAUGUUUUGCGAUUUUGUGAGAGUUUUUUCUCAAAUUCUGAAAAGUUGGUUAUUUUGAUGGGAAAAUGACGAAUUGAGAUCAAAAUAGGAGGCCGACUGUAUAAAAUUAAUGGAGCAUGGAAUGAGGGCCGUAAAAAGAUUCACCGGUGUGAAUUUUUUCUCUUCACUUCCACCUAACGUUGUCCGUUUAAUGGUUUUGUUUCCGAAAAUGCGAUUUUCCAGGUUUUUUGCUCUUUUUUGUGGUACUUUCAGCGUCUUUAGAUGAGUCGAAAAAUCAAGGAGUUUGAUUCGAAAAUGCUCAAAAAAAGCUUGUAUCAUAUAUAGUUCGACUUGGGAGAGUUAAACCAAAAAAAAAAGAUAUUAAAUUUUGAGAGAACUCAGAGAGAAAAGUGGCAAAAGUUCGAAAAUUAUUCAGAAGUCUCUAAAGUGUCUUUCAAGUACCCUCAAGUGAUCACUUAAUUCAAUGCAGCGCUGCUGUCAUUUUUCAACUUCUUGCUCAAUUUUUCUCUCCGUUGCAAAAAUUAUUCAGCGAAUUAUAAUAUUGGUUUGAGUAUGGGUUCCGAAACGAACCGCCUUUUUUUUUUUCGCGCAUAUCUCAUUUUAAUUCAAAUUUAUUUUCGCCUCGAAAAUUAGUGUGUUGAAAAGGAGGCUGCCGGAAUAUAUAUAUACACAUAUAUAUGUGACAGACGGCUCUCCCGCCUAAUCGCAUAUUCAAAAAAGUGGCGGUUCAUCCUCUCGUGCCUCCUUUUCGGCUCACUUUCCUGGCUUUUCGCACUGCAAAAAAAAGAAAGUUUCUUAAUUUUUUCGAAAGGAUUGAUGGGGAAAGUUUGCCCAGGAAAAGUUUGGGGUGCCUUUGCGGCGGCGAAAUUAAAUUAAUCGUGGCAUCGCUGCGGUCGUCACUCAAUUUCAUCUUCUUUUUUUGCCUUUUUAGACGGCCUUCUUGUUUUGGAAGCUGGUUUUCUCUUUGAUUGCGAUUUUAUCAAGGUUUAACCGAAAAAGAAAAACAAAGAAGGAUGUUUUGCGGUCCUGACAGUGAAAUCUAAUCCGCAGAGAUUUUCUUGGCCCGUAAUGAGAUCAAAAAUCUUCAAAAGAAGGCAAAGAAUUCAUUGUCUCGAUGCGGAUCUGAUUUAAGAGUUAUUCAAAGUUAUUUCAGAAUACAAAAAAAUAUAUAUCUGAGACUCUGACAAGCAAAAAGAGAAAAACAAAAUCUUCAAUAUUUUUUUCAAACUUGCGCGUAGUGAGUUUUUUUACCGCAUACACCAAUGCGUCCUGAACUAUUUAUUUUACGAGCAAGUUGAAAAAAACGUUUUUUUGUUUUGUUUUUGUUUUUAAUUUUUUUAUCUCACAAAGGCGUAUACUUUUUGUCGUUUUGGUGUCAGGAUUAUUUCAUUCCAAGUAUGAUAGAUAGUUUAUUCACUGCCAUUAUUUAACAUAUAAUUGAAGAAUAGAUGAUCAAGUGAAGGAAUAGGCAGAGAAUUAACAAUACACGGGAAAGAGUCAACCCCAACGAGUUGACGGGUACCCGGAAAUAUGGCAAAUUCACAGGAGACGAGAGGGGAUAUUUUCAUGAAAGGCUUCAAACGGAAGAGCAUUCAACUUUUUUUACGCAGAGUUUCUGGGGUAACGUUAAAAAUCUAAAUAAGAAGUUAGUUUAUUCCAAAGAGGAAUAGUUCUAGAAAAAAAGUCAUUAGAAAAACUGACCAGUAGUCCGUAGUCGAAGUGGAUUUCUCUGUAACAGGGAUUGAGUGAAAUACUUAUUGCGAUCGAGAAAAUGAUCAGAGCCACAGAUGAUUUUUAUGCAAGGUGAUAAUGUCACAAAUUUCACGACGAAUGAAUAACGGUUUGAUGUUAAAUUGACUAAGGCGAUCUGAGUAAGAAGUGAAACUAACAUUACAACGAAUGAAAAACUUUCCGACUAAAAAAAGACGCAGUGAAGAUUCAAGUUUGUGAGAUUCCUCAGAGGAAAUGGCGGGUGAGAAAAAGCUCAGAGCAAUAUUCAAGGACUGGAUUAACGUAGGUUUGAAACAUACGGAAGUAGUUAAAAGGUGAAGAGAACUUGAAGGUAUUCAGUAUUUGAUUAGAACGUAAGGUGGCAAAAAGCAGCAAUACGGCUGAUGUGUUGUUUAAAGGAAAGCUUGUCAUCGAUAAAUAAACCAAGGUCACGUACUAUGGAGCUUUGAGGAACUUCAAGGAGGUCAACAUAGUAAAGGGGUGCGAGGAUUAUUUGGGCCAAAGUGAACAGAGAACGUUUUGUUUGAGGCGAGUGGGAGAGACCAAAUAUGAGACCAUUCAAGGAUACCGUUAAUGCUUGAUUGGAGAGAUCUGGGACAGGAGCUAUAGAUUUUAAUAUCAUCCGCAAAAAUUGAGAUAGAAGUAGAGGAAUCAAUGUAAUUUUCGAUAUCGUUGAUGAAAAAUGAGGAAGAGGAGAGGGCCGCUGACAGUGCCUUGGAGGACACCGGAAGGGUUGGGAAAAGCAAUUGUUGGCAAAAAGACUUGUUGACCUUAACAAUUGAACUUCUGUGAGAUAAAAAAUUAGAGAACCAACGGCUCAGAGUAUUAUCAAAACCAAAGUUUAGCAUUUUAAGACGUAGCAAAUUGUGAUCUACUCUAUCAAAAAGCUUUGCUGAAAUCAAAGUAAAUAACAUCGACAUUUAGAUUGGAGGCCAAGGACUUUUUUUAUGUCGGAUAUAGAAGAGAUGAGAGAGAGUUUGCAAGAUCUACGGUUUAAAAAUCCAUAUUGAAAUCGAGAGAAUUUAUGAGCGAAUCGAUUUCUAACCAUAUGGGCGAUAAUACGUUCCAAUACACGUGAUAUAGGAUGAGUGAGAGAGAUCGGACGGAAAUUGGAAGGGUCAGACAAACUGCCUUUUUUAUGUACAGGUAUGACCGUAGUGUGUUUUAGAGAAGAGGGGAUAACACCAGUUAAAUAGGAUUCAUUAAAUAGGAGAGACAGGGGAAGGCUUAAAGAUCUAGCACAUCUUUUAAGAACAAGAAAGUUAAUAUUAUCAGUGGAAAAUCCACAUUUCGGAGGUAGAGAGGCAAGAAAUUUAUAAACAACAUCGGGGGAGAAAAAUAUACUACAGUUAAUAGGUUCAGGUGAGGGAAGAGCUGGGAAAGGUUGAGGGUUAGUGUUAGAGAAAUUGGAAUAGAACACAGAUGAGAAGACAUCGGAGAAGACAUCGGCUGCGGUCGUCACUCAAUUUCAUCUUCUUUUUUUGCCUUUUUAGACGGCCUUCUUGUUUUGGAAGCUGGUUUUCUCUUUGAUUGCGAUUUUAUCAAGGUUUAACCGAAAAAGAAAAACAAAGAAGGAUGUUUUGCGGUCCUGACAGUGAAAUCUAAUCCGCAGAGAUUUUCUUGGCCCGUAAUGAGAUCAAAAAUCUUCAAAAGAAGGCAAAGAAUUCAUUGUCUCGAUGCGGAUCUGAUUUAAGAGUUAUUCAAAGUUAUUUCAGAAUACAAAAAUAUAUUUUUUUUUUGAGACUCUGACAAGCAAAAAGAGAAAAACAAAAUCUUCAAUAUUUUUUUCAAACUUGCGCGUAGUGAGUUUUUUUACCGCAUACACCAAUGCGUCCUGAACUAUUUAUUUUACGAGCAAGUUGAAAAACGUUUUUGUUUUGUUUUGUUUUUUUUUUAAUUUUUAUCUCACAAAGGCGUAUACUUUUUGUCGUUUUGGUGUCAGGAUUAUUUCAUUCCAAGUAUCUUCAAAAGAGAAGGCGAAAAAGUCAUUUUCUCGAUGCAGAAAUCUGAUUUUAAAAUUAUUCAAAGUUAUGUCAGGCUACUGUGCCUUCAAAAAAAAAAAAUAUCGAAACUCUGACAAGUAAAAGUAAAUUGAAAAAAAUAUUAAAUGUGAAAAAAAGGGUUUUCAUGCGAUUUUUUUGCAAAUUUACGCGUAGUGAGUUUUUACUGCAUACACCACUACGUCCUGAACUAUUUAUUUUACGAUCAAGUUAGAAAAAAUUGUUUGAAAUUUUUUUUUGUUUUUUUUUUCCUGUUUAUUUCACAAAAGACGUUCACUUCUUAUGUGUUUUCUGUUGUCUAUUUUAUUCCUAGUAAAAAUUAACUUCUGAGAAACUCUUUACAUCGUAAAGAGUCUAAAUUUAUCUUUUCUGAAAUAUUUCUCUUUGGUUUUCGGUUGCCAAUCAAACUCUCCAGCUUGCCUGUUUAUUUUUCUUAAUGAGCAGUUUUGCUCUUUUUAAUCGCUAGCCGAAAACGAGUUAUUUUGACUCCUUGCCAAUUCUCACGAACGAUGUCGUUCGGGGAAUUUCGGUCCCAAUUGCUAUAGCACAUGAUAUGAACUGCCACCGAAAAGUGCACCUUUUUUCCCCUUUCUAUGGGCCUCCGCGGUGAUUUUUCUUUCUAACGUAAUUUAUUACGAGGGUUUGCCCGAUUUCCAGCUUUGGCUAUAAUUUCUCCGAGUUUGUACUUGAAUUCUUGGAGUUCUCGGUGGGAAAUUUGUACUGGGAAGUUAAUUAGAGGUGCUAUAAUUUGAUGAUUGCGAUAUAAUUGUGAUCGUGUGUGAGAUUUAAUUGGAAUGCGAGAAUUUUUAAUUUUCGAGUUUUUCGAAACGCUAUAAUAUUGAGUGAAAGUGUGAAAAAAGCCAUGUCAUGCUGUUUUUUUUUUGCUAUCGGCAGCCGAAUAUCCGUUCUAUUCUACUCGCAUUUUUCUAUAGUCCUUUCUAUUGAAAACGUUUUUAUGCCAUUUUUUAAUCUUUUCGAUGUGCUUCCUCUUGUCUGGCUCAUAUAGUCGGCUCACAACAGAUUUCUGCUUUUUUUUUAAAAGUCGCAUGACUAACAUUAAUCGUGGCUCUUCUCCACGAGACCAUGCUCCUUUAAACUCCUCAGCUGAUUGGACUGAAUACGGCUUGAUAUUAAAUUCCCGAGAACUUUAGGUUUUUUAUUCAUAAAAGUUCACGCGAAUUUGUUUCGUCUCGUUUUUCAUGAUUUAUUUCAAUUUUAUUUUUUAGAAGAGCCGAAAGCGGCGAGGUCAAGACGCCGUCGGACGGUUUUGCAGGCGCCGCAGUGAUUCCAAAAAUCUGAAAUUGUAUAUUAUAAAUUCUAAAACGAAAUAAAUCAUCCGAGCGUUGGCUCUCGAUUUCAACCAAUAUUUUCCACUGAUUCCCUCCUUUCGCCACCAUUUUCGGGUUUCUGAGCCGCGGCGUCGCGGCGUUCGUCGCGUCGGUGUCGUCGUCGGCGAGCUCAACCGCCGGCUCUUCGACGGCUUCGCCGGACGCGUCUUCGGCCGCACGACGUCAGUUGUCGCCGACGACGAGCGUCGGCAGCAACGGCAGUCGUCGCAGCAAUGGUACGUUUCAGCUUUCAUUCUUAAGGAAAGAUUUCUGGACUUCAAUUGUUAGAGCCCGAAGUGUCCAGAGAUAAUUCAAUUUUCAGCUAUGUCGAAGCCUCCCCAUGUAAAAGUUGUGAUAAUCAUUUUAAAGCGGUCCAAAAGAGUGAAAUCCAAAAAAGGUGACCUGAAGAGACGUCAGAGAAGUCGAAUUUCUUCUUUCUCUGGCGUCUCUUGUGUACGGCCGUGCUAUGACUUACACUGUUUUCAGCUUCUAGAACCGAAAUUUUCGAGCUUUUUUCUGAAUUCGUUAGUGUAAAGUCAGUUCGAAAAUUCUUGAUCGUGCAAAAGAUUUUUGAAAGGGUUUCGAAACGAACCACAGUUUUUUGUGUUGUAUUAGGUCAUGUGAGCCUAUAAAAUUAAAAAAUUACUAAAAAUCUAAAAAAUUCCUCAUUCUGGCUCUAUCCUCUGUUUUUCAACCAAAAAAAUAAUCCCAGACGGCUCAGAUUUUUUGUUCAAGGUUCAAGCUAAAAACAAAAAAUUAGAUUCAAAGUCCCGACGAUUGUCCCAUUCUCCGGGUCGCUUCCUUUAUUUCUUUGUUUUUUUUUUCAUCUUCCUUUUUUUGGCGUUGCUUUCGCGUCGCCGCCCCUUCUUUCGCUCGGCGUUCAUUCUGGCGCCGCGCCCAGGCCUUCUGCGGCUCCCGCGCGUCUUCAAUUAAACCUCUCUCGUUUUUUUCUUCUCCCAUCUCACGACCCUUAUUAUACCGCUGCUGGUUGUGGUCGGCUUCAAUUUUGAUUGUUAUUCGGGAAAAAAAUGCGAGAAAAAAGAGCGUUUAGUUGAGCUGUUUUGCGUUUGAAGCUUGAAUUUCGGAAAAAGAAAACGGUACAUUGAGACGAGCUCGUAUAUAGUAGGCUCACAGAAGGCUCGACAAAUUUUGUAAGUUUAAUUUACACACGUAACUUUAAACAUUAAAACCUUAAGGAAAAAAAACGUUUUUUUUUAAAGAUCCUCACAUCUUUCCCAGGUCUCUUUGGCAAAUUUUCAAGAUCAUAAUUGAAUCCAGCAUCCAAAACUCACCUGGUGGAAGAAGGAGAAAAAGAUUAUUCAGAAAAACGCCCCCAUUUUAAUUAAUUUUUAUGAUUUUCCAAGCAUAAAGUUUAACGGCCUAAGGGUUCACUGGACCGUACUAAACGCCUUUUUGCAAGAUUUUCGCUCCAAAGUUUUCUCAUACUCUGAAGUGGCAUUAAAAAUGAUGAAUCAUAUAGCCAUCAAAAAAAAGGAAAUGAUUUUUUUGAAAGUGAAAAAAAAAAACUAAUGAAAAGGCUGAUAAGUAGAGGUCGAUUUGCAGAUCUCUUUAAGAAAUCCGCCAAAAAAAGUUCUAUGCUUCAAAUAAAAUUCAGUGCAAUCAUACCUCGAUUGUCCCCGUGCCGCCAAAAAAAAGUUUUCUUCUUCGGCCGGAAAUUGAGAGCAUUAUGAAUGAGGAACUCAUAUAUUUUGGAUCAUUUCAACCAAAUUUCCGAGUUUUCUCAGCUGCAAUUUAACGAGCUCUUUUUCACACAUGUAUGUAAUGUAACAGAUGGUAGAAAAUGUGCUUCCCGAGAAUUUCACCAGAAGAAAACUUCGAGUUUUCAUUUUCCUCUCAUUUCUUAGUAUUUGGCAGCUCAAGAGCUCUGUAAAUUUUCUGGUUUUUGACAAAUUUUGACUUGAAAAUUCUGAAAAAUUCGAAUUUUUUUAGAUACAGCUUUUCACGCUAAUUUUGAAUCUGAUCUCAGAAACCAUAAACGAUUUCUCUAAAAGAGAUACGUUUCCGGUCAGGUUGUAGGAGGUGGGCGUUGUUUUGACUAGGAAAGUAGAUGUAGUGAAACAAAAAGGACGUGUUUACUGUAGCGUCCCCCGUGGCUUCAGAAGGGCGUCCGUAGGUGCUCCAUAAUAAAAGUAUUGCUUUUUACUUUGUUAGGUGGUUUUCAAGAAGCUUCUUUCAUUCUUCUCAAGUUUUUGGAAGGGUUAGAUGGUUCUUCAGUUUAGAAAAGAAAAAGAAUGUUUAGAGCAGUUUGAGAAGGGGUAGGCCGCAUCCCGGGGUGGGAUCCGUAUGUUAACGAAAAAAUUUCCAUUUUACAAAAAUGAAUAGCAUGAAGCUUUAGUGAAGUUCACUAAGAAACUUUUUACCCCCGUUGAAAUUUUGAUGAAACUUGACGAAAAAUAGACUUAAGGACCCACUGAUUGCAGGACAAGAAAGAAAAUUUCUCGCAAUAGAUCUCGUUUUCGGGUUAGGACACUUCGAAAGCUUGAAUAAGCGCUUUUUCGUCAUAAUUUGUGUAUUUUGCGGUCUUUGAAGCUUCAUAAUUCGAAAACAGGAUAUAUUGCGAAAAAUUUUCUUUUUGUUCUGCAAUCAGGAGGUCCUAAAGUACCUUUCAGCGAAGUUUCAUUUAAAGUUGAACGGGGGGGGAACGUUCCCUAGUCAGCAGCGAUUCGAAAAUUUUCGAGAUUUUCAAACAUUAUUAUGUGAUAGAACUCUUCCUCGCCUCGAUUUGGUGUAACUUCUGUUCACCAUCUCAAACUUCAAAUGAAUACACGUUUAACGAAUGGUUCUCUGACCAGUGGAGGUGAGAAAAAAGAUGUAAAUUGAACGGGAGGUUUGGCCUCUGCGCGCCAAUGGAUUAUAGGCACUUAACGUUUCGCUCUAAUCUCGUUUCCGAUAAGCUGCCGCUUCAAAACCCUGUCUUAUGAGUUGAAACCCAGGUUGCCUUUCUUAGAUUUUACUUUAAAGCGAUUUUUCUUCAAAAAUUUCUCUCUCCUGAAGUCCUGAAGUUCAAGAUUUUUUUUUCUUCUGCAGUUCUUGAAGAAAAGAAGCGUCCCCACACAGUCUGACCUGUCUGCGCUCUCUUAUCCCUCACUGACGAGAGAAACAAUAACUAAAAAAGAGAGCGCAGAGAAACAAGACUUUUCCAAGUUUUUUUUUACUCAUUUUUCAUGAGCUGAAAAGAAUAACUCAAUAAGUCGCGGUCGCCUUCCAGAGCUCACAGUUCCAUCGCGCCCGACCAAAAACUACUUGCGCGAUGGGGUAUAUUCAAACGCAGCCGCAGCCCUCAAACUUGGAAGUCCGUUUCAAAAAGACAGCGUGAAAACUAGAGAUCACUUUUCUGGUCCCAAAGAGAGAAAAUUUCCAUUUCUCCAUUUUUUUUUUGCUUUUAUUUGUUCGGAGAAACAAAUCGGCUGUGUGCCGUGAGAGCCGACGAAUAUUUUUGAGCGGAAAUAGGUCGUUUGAGUUUUUCUUUUUUUUUUUCACUUCUCACCGUUUUUUUUUUCUCGCCAAACACCGCAUUCCACACGUAUUCGUAUUGUGUGGAAGAAAAUCAAUCCGCGCGCCCGGAGGCCCGUGUUUUUUUUUGUUCCAGAAUCCUUUUGUUUCUUCCCAGCUCUUCUGGUGUCUCCGAUUGGAAGUUAAUUGAAUUUUCUCUUUUUUCUUCAAUUUUUUCUCUUCAUCAAGUACGGCGUUUUCAGGCGGGAUGAGCGCUGAAAAACUCGCCAUCACCAUCGAAAGACCACAGGCGCAUCAGCUUGAUGAGGUUCGUUUCCUUGAUUGAUCGUUUCUUGGGUCCAACUAGGAGACCUAAUGAGUUUAGUAAGGUAUGUGCUUAAUUUGAAACAGUUUCCCGGUAACUUCUAGCGAAAGGUCUUGAGAAGAAGAGCAUUUUGUACUCGAUGCGCCUUUAAUAGCCUCAGCGAGUUGCUUUGAAUAAACUAGAGGCUGAAGGGCAAGAUACCUCGGAGAAAAGUUAUGUGAAUAGUUAAGACCUCUGCAGAUUGGUUUAGAGAAAAGGCUGAACUUCAGAAAAAAUAAAUAAACUUUACUCAUAGAUCUUUAACAGGCCUUUGGCCCAUACUUGGGCAAUAGAGAACUCAAUUUAUCCGGGAGGAUGGCUUACAAAAAUUGACCAAAAACUUAGUAAAAAUGAUUUCCAAGCUCAGGGAGGUAGCGGUGGCCGCAAAACCACAAUUUUGGAAGCUAGUGAUGACUUGAAGUUCGAAUUAGUUGGAAGGAAGGAUGUGUGACUUUCAAAAAUCAACUUCCCAUGUAUUCUUUGACCUAUAAAUUUCUACCUUCUGGCUUGGAAACGGAGAAACUCUAAAAAUUAAGCCUAGGCAUCAUACAAGCAAAAUUUCUAAUGCUCCCAACUUGACCUCAAAGUAGAAAUUCUGAGAACCUAUUGAAACAAUAAUGAUUUCUUGAACGACAAUAUUCUUCUCUUGUCUCCUUCUACGACGUUUUUUUUUGGCUCUCGAAAAAGAUAUUGCUCCAGACGCCCGAAAUUUGUAGUUGAAGUGACGCUUUGCUGAGAAAAUUUCCUCUCACAUUGCUUUUGCCAAAAUAGAAUGAAUGGGAAAAAUGGAUAUUCUUUUAGAUUGUCGAGUUUCUGAUCAACAAUUUCGUGCCGACGGAACCGAUCCUGGCCAGUCUUCGGCUCAAUAGUUUGUAAGUUGAAUCAUUUUUAGGGAGUAGUCUUGGAAAGAUAAUUCCAAUGGGAGUAGUAUUAGGUGAAUUUUCCGGAUGUUUGAAAAAAAAUUAAUAAGAAACAACGAGAGUACAGCGGCGAUCUGAAGAGACGGCAGAGAAUCAAAGGUUUCUCACUUGUCUGGCGUCUCUUCGGGUUCUCUAUGUUCUCUUAUCACAUAUGGAUUAUUGUAUCGCCAAGGGAGUUUGCUUUUCGGAUGGGAAUUUCCUGAAAAUUGGCCAGAAAACCCUUUGACUUACCAGAAGAAGUUAUCAAAAGCUCCAACCAGCAUAACUUCCUAGUAUUUAAAAAAUGACAACUCAAAUUCUACGAAGAACAUCAAAAUAUGUUAAAACAAGAAAUUUUUGGUGGCCUUGAGUCGUCUUUUCUCGAAAACUAGGAAGUUUUGCAGGUUGAUACUUUUAGGAUCAUCUUUUGGUAAGCCAAGGGCUAAUUUUCAAGAGAAAGAAAACCUGCAAAGUAUAAUAACCUUCCUUGUCAGAGAAGAGAAAAGAGUUUUCAAAAAAGACUUACUUGAAGCGUUUUGUUUGUCAAAAGUGGUUGAAAAUCCAUUUUUCCCAUGAUUUGGGAUUCAAACGCAGUUUGAGAAAAAUAUGAAGAUUUUUAGUUUUCUACCCCGUCAAUAGUAAGGUUAUAGUAGAUUUAUUCAAUCAAUCAUUUUAUUUAUUUUGUGGUUUUAGUCAGAUAUAGGCGGUGAACAAGAACUUUAAAAGCUAUAACGAACAACCGCCUUUGGCGAAAUAGAAGUCCAAACGUGUAGUCGAAAGAGUUGAAAAGAGGAUCUUACGGUCCUCGUUCUUCUGCGCGUAGUCCGUUCAGUUGCCCCUUGACCAACUCAGAAUUUAGCGGAUGUUGAAGCUGAAUCCCGGGGACCGUGCUCUAGGCGGAAGUCUCAGAAUGAGAGCGACCACUUAGAGUGAAGAUUUUUCACGGAAUCAGUCAUAAUAUUUUUGAACUUGAACUUGAAAGUAUUUUUUUUUUCAGUAAUAAGUCCAUUUUUUACUCUCAGAGAUGAGCUGAACAUUUUCCUGACGGACCUGGUCCGCGACUGUCUCCAGUGCUCUUCGACGAACGUCGCCAGGUGUAAUCGCAGUGGACAGCUCAAUGGGAUCUGCCUCGCCAGCAAGGCAGCUCUUUUCGAUAUGCAGGUCAAAAUUUUAGCUUCAUUACACAUUUUGGAGAAAGAGUAGAGAAGGAUUAUUAGAUUUUCAAUGUAAUUCACUCAUAAGGAAAUCGCGAGUUUGGCUUACAAAUUAAGAAAGCUUUUCUUGAGCAAUUGAGGAAGUUCUGACAUAAGGAAAACUCACAUCUUAUGAUUUUAGGUGUAUCUAUAACGUCUAAAAGUUUUGAAUCUACCUUUAAAUUGGAAAAAUACGAAAAUUUUGGCACCUUUGAGGAGUCAUAACUUUAUUAAAUCUUGUAAGACCAAGUUUAUUUCGACUUUUUUGAAAUCACAAGCGUCUGAAGUAACUCUGAACCAAGUUUUAUCAAAUUCUUAACCUUGUUACUGAUUUGGGAAGUGUCUGGAGUGAAAUUCAUGGAUCUAAUCUAAAUUUCUGGGACUUGUAGUUUUAAAUAAGGGUACUCUGCCUAAACGACCAGAAAAACCCGUAAAAAUUAGAAGUCUUUGAAAACCUCUAGUUUCUCGCAAAAAAAAACCGCGUCACGCAUUGCUUCCCUUGCUAACCUUCCGAUUUCUCAUUUCAAGUCGGUAAAAAUUGAAAUGACCCAGUACAGAAGUUUGAGCCACAUCUGUAAUUUUCACCUCAGACACUUCUCUGGUGACAAUUUUUUGAUUGGUAAACAUGCAAUAUAGUGUGUGUGCCACGAAUUGAAAUUUCACCGAACGACAUUCCGCUGUUCCGCUGCGUGCGUUCGCGAAGCGUAUUUCGAAUCUAAGUCACGCUUUCAAUUGUUAUUUUUACGGGAGCACACAAAAGUAUAGUACCUUAAUAUAAGAAAAAAAAAAUUGAAAGCGCGACCAAGGUUCGCAAAGGCGCGCAGCGGCACAGCGGAAUGUCGUUUGGUGAAAUUCCAAGUCGUGGUACACAGGCUUUACCAGGCAAAGUUUGAGGGUGGCUCAAAACGGUACUUUCAAUUUUUUUUACGCUCCGAGAGCCCUCAGGUCGUCCAAUACUACAAAAAUGAACAAAAAAUAAUAAAAAAAAUACUGUUACGAAAAAAAAAAACGAAAAAUGUCCGUAGACACUUCCACAGACAGUGCAUACUGCACUAUUUCCAUUGUUAUACAUACCGUACUCUGCAUAAAGAAACCCCUAGAAAAAUUUCAGUCGAUUGAUGCAUCCCUAAAAAAGUUACAUGAAGAAAUGUGUCUUUUCUGACGGUACUGAAUAUUUUUUAACCAUCAAAGCUUUCAGGUUGACCGGCUGUGUGAGUACGAGUUCACCGACGAGAGGAUUUGCAUCGCGAUCGAGUUCCUGAAGUACGUCUUCAACAAGCUCGACGUCGGCUAUCACUUUGAAGAGAAUGGUGUCACGAAACCUGUGAGUUUGUUUUUAUUCACCAGAAACUCUUCAAUAAACUUUCAUUUUACUCUUGAUUUUUAGAUCUUCGUCGCGAUCGUGGCUGUCCGGAAGGAGUGCUGGAGGAACGGCAUAGGGACGGCGAUGCUCGAGUCUUGGUGGGAAUUUGGUUUUUGGGAAAAUCAAGUGGUUGCUAUAGGGGUUUUAAAAGCGCUUUUAUGACAAGAAACAUGUUCAUGACGCCUUUUUCCAGAUUUUAAGUUUUCCUAGGGUUUUUAGCUCUCAUACUAGCAGCUAUUCUGUUCUAAUCAUUUAUAAAAAUCAGAAACCAUGAAACGUUCCCUUUUCUCCUCAGGGAUCAUUAUAGGGCUUGAUUUUUCAAGUGUCCUCUUAAGGUAGUUCUAAUGGAUGUAGAGUACAGCUCAAUCGCUAAAACUUGAAUUAGUCUGGUUUCUCUGCGCUCUCUUCUCUCUCUCAGCGACACUUUUUUACGUUCUCUUUUCAUUCUUCUUUCACCUGACUGAUUAGACAGAAGAGAGCAGACAGGUCAGGUUGUUUCAAGUAGGUGAUUUGUAGCCGACUUGAGGAUUCCAAAAAAUGGUCCUGCCACGAUUAAAAAAAAUAGUACUUGGUUGGCAGAGAGCGCAGACAAGCCACGCCUCUUAACGUCCUAGAAACGGCUAUAGUUGCUUUAAAAAAAAACCACUAAACACCCGAAAUUCUAAAGUGGCCACUGCAACUCUUUGCCUUGGGGAAAUCUCUUGUUUGAUCGUGACUGAUGGCACGCGAGGCUUCCAGUGCAAAGUAAUGAAGUUCUGGCUGGGGGGAAGUCGGAAAUUCGAGAGCGUUUCCGAUGGGAGAAGUUUCCCCUUCUGGGAUGGCGUUUGGCGGAAAUUGGGAACUCUUUCGAGUGUUUUCGGGGUUCGAUUUGGGAUAAGAAUUGUGGUUCUGGAGUUUUGAGUCCUGCUUGGAAAAAUAAUUGUAGUCAAGAAGGUUAGAUUGGCUUAAAUUGGUAUAGAAGUGAGCACUGAUUUGUUAAAAAUCAAGAAAUCAAAAAGUUUUUCUAAAGUUUGAGAAUUUAGUUAGAAAAUUCGAUUGGAAGCUUGAAAAUUGUAGUUCAACUUUUUUUAAUCACCUGAAAGUAUCACAGUGAGACAUGACUGUCAGAAAAGAGUUUCAAAAAUCAAUCUAAUGCUACUUACACAAGAAGUUCAAUAGAAACGGAGUUGAGGUACAAUCUAUUUUCCAGCCUGAAUUCGGCGCGUGACGAACGCUGCGACGGCGCCUUGGCCUUGGCGAGCAGCUCCCGAGCCUGCAACCUCAUUAAUCCCCGUUUCCCGAUCACUGUAAGCAGAAAAAAGCCUUCAAAAUGAAAACUUCCACGCCCACAGAUCUCCUCGAUCCGCUACGACCAGUACCGCGGCGCGUUUCGAGACCCGCCGAUCGUUCCGCCGCCGGAUGAGCCGAAUCGCGCUCUCUACGUCCGGAUAGCCAAAUUUUGAAAUAUCCGAGUUCCUAUGUAUUUUUGUUAUAUGCAAGUUUAUUUUUCAUAAUUUCUUCGAUUCCGGGCUGUUUCCGUUCUCAGGAAGAGUCGAACCCUUCUGAAUUUCUUCAUUUUUCGCUUCUUUCGCCCGUAGAAAGUUAUCCUAAUCACUUCUAGUAUACUUUAUUCACAACUGACUCGCUUUUUAAGAAGUAUACUCCAUUUAUCUUGGGGAUCGUCUAAUUCUCUUUUUUCCCACAUAAUUUUUAUAUCAAGUAUUUUCUCUAAACAACGGUAAUUCAACAUUCACCCGUUCUGAAUCGACUACAUUUCUCCAUUUCAGUCCUCAUUUCAAUGGAUGUGAUAAGCGUAUUCCAAUCAAACUAAUAUAUAGUGAAAAAAAAAACAAUCAACCCACGUAACCUUCAUGAACGAGUAAAUAUCUCAUCAAAAAUAUCCUCAUCGAAUCAAAAAAAUCCUUAUGUAUACAUUUCUGUAACUUGUUCAACGUUAGCAUCAUUGCAAUCAUCUUAUCAUCAUUAUCAGUUGCUGAUUCGCUUUUUCUUGUUGUCCAUUGGAGAAUAAACUUUUUAAUGUAAUGAUUUUGUUUGUAUUGGAGAUUGUCAGAAGUUUUCAUGAAUAUUUUUUUACUUUUUUUCUAAAAAAACACAAGUGAGCUCUAUUGCUAAAAAUCGAUUUAUUUACGCGAGGAAAUACGAUUAAUUUUUCAAAUUUUAAUGGCGUGCUCAUCGUUAGAAAUAGAACAAAUUUGGUGUUUCUGAGAAAUUUUAGGAGGCCAAAGAGCACAAUUUUUUUAAUUUUUUUGUUUAUAGGCAGUUCCGCGAAAUUCAAAACUGUCUUUGAAUCAUAAGUUUAUUCAAUGCUUUUUUUCAACUUUUGACGGUGAUUUUGAAUUUUUAAGAAUCAAGCUCAACACGGUAUAACGUUUUGUAACAUUUUCUGUUUCUCCGAUCGGAGGCCGAUGAACACGCAAUGAAUCUUUAUUUCAAAAAAAUUUUUUUAUGUAUUAUAAAUUGAUUUUACAGUCUUUAAAGGAGAUAAACUCAACAAUCAAAAAUUCUCGAGUCAUACUCCAUAUAAGAUAAAUUGCGAAAUAUAAUAUUGAUAGUAUUAUCGUUGAGUUUAUUACCUUUUUAAAUUCUAAAUUUGAUUUGAAGGUUUGGGAAAUGUUAUUUUUAUCGGCAACUGAAGUUCCAUUCUUCUGUACUGAGUUUUUAUUUUCAUCGUUUUGAAAACUUAGUCUGGCCUCUUCUGCAGUUUUUCGCGUUUAACCUUCAUAUUUAUUAAUGAUCUCACGUUUAAAUGCCGUGAAUUAGAACUUCUACUGCGGUCGAACUUUUUUUUUCUUCCUUUUGGCAAUAAAUCAUUUGAAAAUUGGUCCAAACGAGUUUUUUUCUCCCGUAAAAAACCUGUUGACGUUCUCUUUUUUCUGGGGAAAACGCGCCCCAUUGCGCUGGUCCUGGAGCGAUAUUCGAUCUUUUGUCUGCUCCUUACACUCUCUGUUUCAAAAGUCAGUAUUUACGCGAAAUCGAUUGAUUAUUUUUAUUUUACAUGUUUGAAUAGUUCCAAUAGCUGCCCAGACGUUGAUAUUAUCGAUUUUUGUUGAAGAUGAGGGUAAUCGUAGCCGCUUUGGCCGUUGUCGCCGCGGUUUCAGCGUACGACGCCGUCUUGUUCUCAUCAGAGCAAGCGAUCAGGUUGAAAAUAGAUCUUUAAAAGGGAAUAUUAUUGAAUAAUAUGCAGCAGUUCGUCGUUGGACAAAUUGUUGUCAGAAGCGACGCCCGAGGCUCCUUUAAUAUUUGUCGUAAACCCCGAUUUCACGUUAGGUGAGCGAUUUUCCAUGUCAUUUUAUCCAAGAAUUUUGUUUCUAGGGCAGUUUUCACAGAAGGUUCAUGCCUAUGACAAGGCUUCCUUGACUGGCUUGGCGAAAACGAUCCAAGACAGCAAACAUCACGCCGCCACAUACUUUGCCAACCAAUUCCAUGUUAGAAAUGUCCUUUAAAACGCUUUUUGAGUAGUUUUUUGAGGCUCCCGAGGCUUCUUUUGUCACGAAUGUCGCUGAAUAUCAACCCGGAGCUUCUUCCUACAUUUUGGCCGGCGAGGAGUGGACUUCGAUGGAUUUGCUCGCUGAGCAGGUCUUUUGGAAAUUAAUCUUUUUGAUUAAUGCUUUUUUUGUUUUUAUUUUUUUUCAAAGUGUGAUCAUAAUAGAUUUGAGUAUAUUUCGAUUUUCUGAAAAGUCACUUUUUUGUUUGUAUAAAAGCCCGAUUUUUAUAGGUCCAAAAAAAUUGUUUCAAAACGCCUUGAAACAGCUCAAAAAAUUCAAGAUUCUGAGAAGUUUGGAACAGUUUACGCGCAUUUUCUUCUCAUUAAAUAGAACUUUAUUGCUUCCAAAUUCCCUAUUUGAUAAAAAGUAUUUUCUUCUUUUAUUAUUUUUUCAAUCAACGUGAAUAAAGAUAAUUUUUCAGAUCUCCCAAAAAGUGAAAUCCGCGAUUUUUGUGCUGACAGCCACUGAUGCGGUUUCCAGCGAGAAAUCGCGUGUCAAGCGAGUUGUCACUGAUGCGAUGAACGAGGUGAGUUCAUUUUUGUUUUCAAGUCGAGCAAAAUGCUUUGAAAUUCACAAAAAGGUCAUUCUCCAAUCGAUUUCAGCUUCUUUUAAAAAUUUUUACUUGUUUUCCGUAGAACUUCUCUAGAUGAAAACGUAGAAAAUGUCUUUAAUUAGGCAGAAAUCAUCCAAAAUCGAAAAAAAAGUGAUUUUGGAAUUUUGUAUGAAUUUUUUCUCUUGAGGACGCUAUCCUAUUCUGAUUUGGGACCUUCAUGUCAUUUUUUCUCGAUUAUUGUUCACUGGUGCUUUUACUUUUUUCAUCAUAAAAUUAUGAUGAAAAAACUUCAAACCAAUCAUUUUCUCAGGAAGCUGAUGCCAACUCGGCAUCCACUGGCUCUACUGGAACGACUGGUUCUGGAACUGUCGGAAAAUACGUCGCCAUGCCGCUUUUGUUGCCGCCAUACAACGUUUCUGAACUCGGAAACGUCGUCCCUGGAAAGUUCGUUUUUUUUAAAUAUCAAUUAUAAGAACGGAGAUUUAUAGUGAGAAUUGAGGGCGAUUUUUUUAAUCAAGCAAUGCUUUUUUAGAUUCAUUUUGUUGUUUUUCGCUUCGAGAUACUUAUUAGCAACAUAGGCAUGGUUGUUAACAUUAUUUUCGAGCUUUAAUCUGAAAAAGAAGUUUAUUUGAAAAUUUCGUGACUUUAUUGCUAGAGUUAUAUGUUUCACCUGAAGUUAGGUUUUCUCAAGUUUCAUGGAAAAAGGUUUGAGAUUAGUUCUGUGUGAUUUUUUGACAUUAUAAGGAUUGAACUUCUAUUUUGAAUCGUGCUAUUUUUUCAUAAUUUUGUCACAAAUUUCUUCUUUUAAAGCGCAAAAAGGAACCUGGUAAAUUUCCUGAAACUCAAUUAUCAUAAUUUUUUUUCCUUUUUCAACUUCAAAAAGAAGUUCCCUCAUUAGAAAAAUGAAAAGAAAAACAUUUUUUUUGAGUGAAAAUUAGGAAAAGCUUCAGAUUAAGUAUUAUCAGUGAGGACUCUAAAGGGAUCACUUCGUGAAAGUGAAAUUUUAUAAAAGACGUGACAUUUUCUAAUUUCAUCUUCUUCAACAAGCACAAUUCUUGUAUUUUCCUAUCUUUUUCCUACAUUUAUUCAGCCAUUUUAUGACUUUUUGUGUGAGAAAUAUAACAUUUUGAUUUUUUUGAUCUGAUGACUUAUUGAUUGAAUUUUUAUUGAAUCAUUUAUUGUGCAGAUUCGGCUCCUGUCUGUUUUACAUGGAAGGACUGACGGUCGUCGUUCAACAGAAAGACGACAAGGGAAGCGCCAUUUACUCCGCCAUUCCUGUCCGUUCUGACAACACGACUUGGUUUUGAAUCUCUUGCGUUUUGUGCAUAUUCUGAUAUUUUCCAGGGGAACCGCCGGCGACGAGGACUUCCAGUGCGUCAACGGCUCCGUCGGCAGCUACAUCUUCACGGCUCACCUGAGGCUGGAGAACGACGCGAACGGCCUCUACGACAACAAACCCGCCGUCAGCAUCACCAAGGGCUCCCUCAUCGACAUCACCUUCAACUUCACCGGAGACUCGGCCGGAUAUUGGAGCCUCGUCGGCGCCACCCUCCACAACAUUGACGUCAAGGGAACCGGCACCUUCAAGGUGCUUUUUGAAAAAAAAAUGUCAUAAAACUUGAAGAAAAUUUAAGAUUCUGAAAAGAGGAGAUUAUUUAGAAGGGAAAAAAAUCUUUUUUUGAAAAGGAUAAGCCCCUUUGCUCUUUUUUCUGUACGUAAGGUGUAAAGAUCAAAUCCUAACGGCCACUUAAGUGAUCCCUCAGCUUGUCUCAAGCCGUUUGAUAAUAUUUUUUGGAUGUAAUCAUUUUUUGAGUUAGAAUCAUAAAAAAGAAGAUGGAGAUUCGGAAAAAAUAUUACUAGAAGGUCCAGUUGAAUCAGAAGAAAUAUGUAUGCUUUAAAUUUUUGCUUAAAAUUUCCAAGAGAAUCUUCGCUCUUUUCAAUUUGCACUAAUUGGUUUGUCACACUAAAAAUUGACAAAAAAAGACAAAUUUUUUUAAUUUAUUGAUUUACCGAAAAAUGUAAAGAUAUUUUUUUGUCUUAAAAAAAUUCGGAUUUUUUUGGUAGAUAGUAGGUCCUCGGACCUUGGUGAUGCGUCCCGGACGUGUUAGAGAAUUUCUAGUAACCACUCUAGGAGCGUCAGCACUCAAGUGAUCCCUAGAAUUUCUGAGAAACGUCCGGAGCGCGUUAACGAGGUCCGAGUCUUUACACCUUUAAAAGGUGAAUAGAGAGCUUUAUUUUUUGAUAUUUAAGUGCUAUUAUUCUUUUUUUUUGGAUCAAUUGAUAGUCUUUAAGGUAUAAUAUUUGUAAGGUGCAAUUCUUUGUUCUAAUCUUCGAGGCUCGAUUCUUCGAAAUCUAGAGAGCAUUAGUAAAAGAGAGCGUACAGAGAAAAAAAAAAUUCCGCCCUCUCAUUUUUGAACGCUCUCCAAAUAUUAAAUAUUCCAACUCACCACACUUCUCAGACUCUAAAGUACCUAUUCUCUCUAAACUUUUAUUUUUGAUGAUAGUUUGAAUAAUCUUUGUUCUUUCAGUCCGCCUCCGUGAAGGAACAGAAGGUCGGCCGUGACGCUGUGCAAUACACCGGAGUCCAGUCGGUUCAAGGAUUCUCCUUCGCUUGCUCCGAAACUCAGGCCAUUUUCUUCAACACGAGCGAUCCCAGCGUCCGCAUCGGAAUCGCUAUGUACAACACUCAGGUAAAAAAAAUCUUCUCAUAUCACCUUCGGAAUAACUGCUUCAAAGUUCUGUAAACUUAAUUGAAUAUUUUAGUGGCCUAUAUGAAUCAAAAAAUACCAUUUUUCAGGUCCAAACCUUUGUCAGUUUGGCCAAUUUCGACAAGAACGCCUACUUCACGAGACAGGUCGAUGAUUGUGUGGGAACUUUCUCGCCCGGAUCUUGGAUGGGUCGGUUUUUUUUUUAGAUUGAAGGAAAUAAAGUCUAUUUUUUUUCAUAGUGGAAGGGAGUUUGAAGGAAUAUUAGAGAAACAGAUAUUUAAUACUUCUCUGGCGUCUCUUCAGGCUGCUGUGAUCUCUUGUUUAUUUGGCUUGAGAAUAAAAUGUCAAAAAAGUAAGAGAUCAACAGAAGCCUGAAGAGAGUCUAGACAGAUAGAUAAGAACUACUUCUCUGAUGUCUCUACAGUCCGUAACUGUUCUCUCUUCCGUUAAUUUUGAGUAAGACUAUUCUAACAUCAUAGUUUUCGAUUGAAAUAAGCUUUUUGGCGAUUUUUAUCGCCCCGAAAUAGUUUCUCUUUGUCAAAAUGCUCAAAUAAAAUCAUUUUGCGCUCCUUUAGACGCCUCAGCAAGUUGUUGUUGAUAUUUAAAAACCCGAAAUGAAUUAAUUCCCAUUUUCUUACAGGCAUCAUCAGCGCUUUAGUCCUUCUGGGAGGCCUAAUCUUCGGCUACAUGAUGCUCCAAUCCGUCCAGACCAUGGACCGAUUCGACGACCCUAAGCAUAAACAAAUUGUGAUCAACGUUCGCGAAUGA